CGUGGCUUCGCUGUUGACUGCUCUUUCGUACGUUCAUCUUCUAUUUAUCACAAAAAACCCACAAGUACCAUGUCCAACUUUAUCAAAGCAGGAAGGAAGAUUGUCGCUAUUGGUCGCAACUACGCUGAUCACGCCAAGGAGCUUGGUAACGCCAUUCCUAAGGAGCCUUUCUUCUUUUUGAAACCCACUUCUUCUUACCUUGUCCCUGACAAUGGACCUGUUGAGAUCCCUCGGGGGGUUAUCGUGCAUCAUGAAGUUGAGCUUGGUGUUGUCAUCGGUAAGAACGGUCGAGACAUCUCCCCUUCUGCUGCCUUCGACCAUGUUGCUGGAUACUCUCUUGCUGUCGACAUGACUGCCCGUAAUGUUCAGGAUAAGGCCAAGGCUAAAGGUUUGCCUUGGUCUGCUGCCAAGGGCUUCGAUACUUUCUGCCCUAUUGGUCCUUUCAUUCCCAAGCACUUCAUUGCCGAUCCUACUAAAGUCGGCCUCCAUUUUUCGGUCAACGGUACUGUUAAGCAGUCUGGCCUCACCUCCGACAUGAUCUUCGACAUUCCCCAGCUCAUUGCAUUUGUCUCUGGUAUCAUGAAGCUUGAAGAAGGUGACUUGGUACUUACUGGAACCCCUAGUGGGGUGGGAAAGAUUAAGAGGGGGGAAAUUUUCGAGGCGAAGUUGACUUACCCUGGAUUAGAUGGUGAGGUCUUGAGCAAGUAUGAAAUCGAAUGCGUGGAGAGGCAAGGAGGUUACGAGUUUAUGCCUUAAACAGCGUUGUAAAUGGAAGUGGCGCACUGGUGUGUGUGGCUGUAUGUAAUGCUAGACGUAACAAGAGCAAAUAUGGUGCACAGCUCAAGACUAAUUCAUGUAUAUAUAUAUAAAG